AUGGCUCAGUACGGAAAGGCCGAAUACUGGGAGGAGCGCUACACACGCGACCCGGAAGCCUUCGACUGGUAUCAACGUUGGGCCGGGCUCAAGGACUGCUUCGCAGAAUAUGUGCAGCCUUCCAACAGCAUCCUGAUGCUGGGCUGUGGGAACUCUAGGCUCUCCGAGGAGAUGUAUGAGGAAGGCUACCACAGCAUUACCAAUAUCGACCUGUGCAUGACAGUCAUCAAGGCGAUGCAGGAGAAGUAUCGUGACAAGCCCGGUCUCACCUAUAAGCAGAUGGACGGACGGUCUAUGGAGCUUCCAGAUGCGAAUUUCAACGUGGUCAUCGACAAGGCAUGCCUCGACUCCAUCCUCUGCGGCGAGGGCUCCACCCACAAUGCGCAGAAGCUGCUCACAGAGGUCUCCCGAGUGCUGCAGCCCAACGGCGUCUACAUCGCGGUGUCCCACGGGCAGCCCUCGUAUCGCCUCACCUAUCUGCAGCGACCCGAAUUUGGAUGGAAUGUGAAGACCUACACCGUGCAGAAGCCCAUGAUGGGCAUGACGGCGUCGCUGUCUGCGGACGACAAGGACAGCGUGCACUACAUCUACGUGUGCGUGAAGGGGGAGGUUGCCAAGGUGCUGCCGGUGGUUCCUUCCAGGAGCCGCGACCCCAUGGCCCGACGCCCAGAGCUGCCCAUCAUGAUGCUCUCGGCCAUCUAUCUGCCGCGCCCGGAUCCUCGGCCAAAGGAGCGCAAGCCCAGAAACUCCAGGUCAGAAGUCCAGGUGUGGCUCGCAGAGCCGUUUUUGCACGGCCGGGGCGUCAGGGCCGACUGGCUGAGCAUGGGAGUUGCAUCACGACAGGACUUGCCGUACAGCGAGAUCCACGCGAAGUUUCAGAACUGGUAUGGACAUGCAUUCCACCGCCAGUUCGGCAAGUACUUCUACGCCCACCGUGCCGGCCGCCUGGGUGUCUGGGCUCCCCUGGUGAUGUUCGGCGUGGGCUUCAAGGUCGUCACCAUGUACUACGGCACGCUGCGUGACACCAACGCCGCCAGCGAUGCCGCGCUGGCCAGAAGCCUCAGACACCGGCGAUCCGGCGAUCGCCGAGGCGUCCUCUUGGAUGUACGCUCCCAAAACAGGUCUGCUGGCAUGUUCCCCACCCCGGGGCCCGCCAUGCACGGCGGGCCGCCCAGGACGGGCCGCGGGGUUGGAGACGGCAGGACGGGCCUUGUGAUGUGGCAGGCGCCCUACGCCACCGGAGGCAGCAGCAGCUUGUGUGCUUUGGAGGACACGAAGUUGGCCAUCACCAAGGCCGGACGUCUUUGUGUCAUCCAGGUUUUCAUUUUGCGGGGCAAGGCGGAGACGGAAGUCUCCAGGCAGUCGCCGUGUCAGGCCAAGAAGCAGGACCGCCCCGUCGGGCUGUUUCGCUCGGGUCACAUUGGGAGUAUUGGGGAGAAGUCGGCCUCUGUGACGAAGCUCGAAGAGCCCCAGGCAGAGACGGAGCCCUGCCCCAGUUGCCGGACGAUCUACACGCCCAACGCCAACUUCUGCGCUCAUUGCGGUCAUCGGCGCGGGAAGGAGGCCGCGCAUGGUGAGGCCACGCCCAGCAAUCCUGUGGUCAAGGCCGUGCCUGCACCAGUGCCCAAGGCGGAGGUGGCUCCUCCAAAGGCGCCGAUCCCGGCGACAGUCCCAAAGGCGCCGAUCCCCAAGGCUGCCACGUUCACAGCAAAGGUGACAGCAGCUGACGCAGGCGCGGGCGCUCCAAGGACAGCGGCCCCAGGCAACUACCUCGUGGAGCUGCGCCGAGAGAAGCCCACCGACAGGUAUGGCUUUGCUUGGGAUGCCAAACGCUUGGAGGCGGAUAAUAUGCGCGUCAUCAGCAAGGUGCUUCCCGGCUCGUUGGCGGAAGUCUGGAACUCUCAGUCAGGCUGUGAAAUCAGACCCGGUGACACGCUGGUGAAGGUGAAUGGCCAAGGGGAGCGCCUGGAGAGGAUGACUGUGGAGCUCAGCAAGUUCUAUGUGCUUUGCGAGUUCAAGCCAGCAGAGCCCCGGGAAAGUGCUGGCGCCCAGGCGGCUUCGGCGCCGGCUUCGGCUUCGCCGAAGGCCGAGCCAGCGAAGGUGUCGGCAAAGGGCGAGGCCGAGUCUGAGGCCACCUCCGAUCUCGUUGCACCGGCGACAGUGCAGGCAGACGCAAAGCCGUCUCCGGCCAUCGCGCAGGAGGUUCCGCCUGCAGCGAGAGAGAUCGAGGCUACAGAGGCGCCAAAGCCGCUUGCGUCCAUGGACUCUCCAAAGGCGACAGAGGCGCCAAAGCCGCUUGCAUCCAUGGACUCUCCAAAGGCGACAGAGGCGCCAAAGCCGCUUGCGUCCAUGGACUCUCCAAAGGCGACAGAGGCGCCAAAGCCGCUUGCGUCCAUGGAGUCUCCAAAGGCUGCAGAGGCGCCAAAGCCGUUUGCAUCGAUGGCCUCGCCAAAGGCUGAGGCGGAGCCGUUUGCGCCGAUUGACUCCCCAAAGGCCAGAGAGGCGCCAAAGCCAUUUGCGUCGAUGGACUCUUCAAAGGUGCCGAUGCCAGUGCUAUCAACCGGCCAGGCCUCGCCAGGGAGAUCCGUCGAAGCUUUCGAGGCGAUGGGUGACAAGGAGGCUGCCGAGGAGCUUGGGCGAGAGGCAAGCCUCAGCCCAAAGGAAAGCCUGCCAAUGGUGCCGGCAGUGUCGAGCUCCAGCUGCGUGGCAGUGACGACGGAGCUCGAAGAGAUGGCGCCUGAGAUGGACCAUCCAGGCAUCGAGCCCGGCUUCGAGGAGCAUCCCGACUGCCCUGAGGCACCUCCUGAGCUCGAGGAGGUCCAGAGGGCGGAGCGUCCAGAGGCGAUAACCUCACGCGCGUACGUGGUGACGCUGGAACGCAGCGCUGCAGAGAAGUGGGGCUUUCAGUGGGACCGCAAGGCGAUGGACACGCAAAACUUGCGGGUCAUCGACUCAGUGGCUCCCACCUCCCUGGCCGCGGAUUGGCGGCUGCGGUGCUCCGAGCAGCUGCUGAAGGGGCACUUGCUGGUGAAGGUGAACGGCAUGGACGACCCGAAGGCCAUGGCCGCAGAAUUGAAGAAGCAGAAGGUGACCUGCCACUUUGAGGUUCGCGAUUCCGAUUCGAGCGCGUGA